AUUUACGCAGCUCGGCAAUUUGGACGAGCCGUGCGUUCGUAGUUCGCAAUGACGACUGUUUCUUUGUUUGGCAACAUGCAGGUUUCGGCCAGUUUUGGUCUUCGUGCUAGCUCGCCAUCGUGCUUGCGUCGACACGCUGCAUAUGGUUUCAGAAGCGAGCUGCGGGCUGGCCCCUCAUGCAUCGCAGGCUCCGAUGGUUAGUGCCCACAACCCCUCCAUACGCACCAGGGGAGCACAUGUAUGGUGCGUCCUCCCCUGGGACGCACCAUGUGCUAUAGGUCCCCAUCAAACAAUUGGCACGCGCGCAACCAACAGUUCGUAUACUUUGUGGCUACCAAACUAGCAUAUAGCCUAAUCGGGCAAGUAGGCGGCUCAUAACCUCGAUCUGCGAACCAUGAUCGUGACCCCCAACGAUACAUGCUGUAACACACUCAUACAUCACCAACAAAACAUAAGACUACACACUCGAUCGUCUGCGGCCAUGCACGUCAAACGACAAAGCAACAUGUUGCAGCAAAUCCUUGCCCUAGCAGCUUUUGUUCUACUGCACGAACGCGUGCUGGGGUGCAACAGUCCAAAUGGACAGGAAAUUGUUUGGGGCAGCAGUAGUCGAUACACAUGGCAAUGCAGCGACUUCAGCUUCAGCGGGGUGACCGUGCGUGUCCAGGAUGGGCCUUCCUCAAGUGUAGGCGCGUACCUGGCCUCUGGAUCCAACUGUGACAACGAUUUUUACUUUGCGGGGGCCGGGGGUGAAAUGGGCGAUGGCGGUUCAGGGAGUUGGACCCUGAAUUACGCGCAGACCUCGAGGAUUGCAACUAAUGACAAUUCUCGUUUUUGCGUAAAGCUUUACUGCCGCAAUUCCUUCAUCAAUUGCCGCGUAUGGCUAACCAUAACUUACUCACCUCCAGUAGCUACGGGCCGGUGCGGCCCUAUACCGGAUGCCUCCAUUUUAGCCAGCGUGGGACAGGAAACUGCCAGCACUUCUGGUGGCCAAACCGAGACCUGCAGCCUCCGGUAUAAUUAUGAUCAGGUUUGCCCGCCUACCAUGUCCCAGUGUGGAUGCGCAUACGGCUCCAUCAGUCAGAUUAAUGGCAUACCAUACACUGCCGCUUGCUGCUGCCAGCGCUUAUCAAGUCCCCCGCCACCACCACGCCCGCCGCCACCACCACCGCCGUCGGCACCACCACUCCCGCUCCCCCCAGCAGUUUAUAGGUCCAGCAGCAGCUCUGCUGGUACGAGUGGUGGUGCUAUCGCCGGCAUUGUCAUAGGUAUCGUGGUGGCCGCAGCUUUGCUCGCUGCGAUUGGAGUUGUUGCCUAUCGUCGCCGGCGUGGUGCCGCAGCCACUGGCAGCGGCAGUUCACAAGCUCAGGGUGGUGCCGAAGGCCCGGACAAGGACAACGCCAACCGCGUUGCUAACAAUAACAAUCAGCAGCAGGCCAAUACCCACGCCAAUCCUACUAUCAUCAGUAAGGCCCGAAGUGCGCUGGUAGGCAUUAUGGGGAAGGUCAGUGCCUCAUUCUACUCAUUCAAGUCGGCGGCCGCCGAGGGUGCCGCCACCAAACCAACGGCUGCUGCUGCCGCUGCUGCCCAGACACCGGGUUAUGGCACCAGCACGCCCGCCGCCAUGAUGACUGCUCCACAAUGCCAGCCUUACACAACGGCCGUGAUGAUGGGCAUGCCGCAACCGCCGCCCUUCGCCCAGCAGCCCAUGACCGUCAACAGCUCCGCCUUGCAGCCGCCGCCGUUCAUUCCCCCACCACUGGCGCAGUCGAACGAAAAGCCCCAGCCCCUUUACGCCGCCGGCAUGCCUGCUGCCAUCCCGCCGCAGUUCCCCGCCGCUCCACAUGCCGGCGGCGGCGGCAACCCCCUGUACCCCAUGAUGAUGCCCAUGCAGCCGCCGCCGCCGCCCGCCGCCCCGCAUGGCGGCAGCCCUCUCUACCCUCAGCCCGCCGGCCCCCAGUACCCCCAGCAGCCUUAUCAGCAGCCGCCGCACAUGUGAGUAGUCGAGAUGAUGCGGCCAUACAUUAUAAUGAUGCACAUCGGUAUCAAGUAUAAAUGCCGCCUUUAGCAAAAUCUCAGGCGGGCGGUGUUGAGCUGUGCCAUUGAACGUACUUGCUUGUGUGGGGCCCCUACCUGCUGUACCGGCAGAGGCAGGUAGUGAGCACUCUGUGCACAUUGAAGAUUAUUUGAUACAGUAAUAAUCAGUAAUAAUCAAGUCCUGAACAGUGAAAUACUGUAGUUGCGAUAGAUCUGGGGCUGGUGAUAAGCAAGCGACUGUUGCAUACGACGCGGGGCGGGCAUGUAUGAUUGGGUUAGAUAGCUGGACGCGUGCUGGCAGCAAGGUGUGGAGACACUUGCUAAUGAUGCAAAACAACAGGAUAGACGUAGCAUGGGGCCAUCAGGCCAUCAGCAGAUCAAGGUUCGGGACAGGUUGGUGACAGCGGCGGGUUAAUUGCUUGUGGCUGGCAGACUCUUGGUGCAGGCGCUCGUGCGUUUAAUUACGUUUCGGAGUAAUCACGUACGUGCGCAAUUUCUUGCUUUCCUGCUGGGCUACGGUAGCGCUUUGCAGCCAUUGGUGAUUUACAUGCUCCGCGCUUUCAUGUAUUAGCCACGCACCGAUGGCAUGCCAAGGGGAUGCAUGCUUUGCGCGGCGACGCCAGUACGACAGACACAUCACAACGCUGCUUGGAUGGACCUCCGAUGCAAAAAUGCAGGGCGGGCGCGGAAUGAAGCAGCCCGCUAAGGAUAACUACUGGUCUAGACUUUGCAGGCCUCAAUGAAAGGUAGAGUUGAACCCGGCAGACACAGCAGGUAGCCAGGUAGGCAAAUUGAGAAGCCCUAUGCCAGCGAGCCAAUCAAGCCGCAACUACGCGAUCGGUUGGGGGCCCGGAGCCCAGCUACUGAUGCGGGACCGGGUGUAAUGGUCGCCGCGC